UUUUGUCAGCUCUAGUCGGUAAUCGGUGCGAGAAGCUAACAGUAAAAACGGGCUCCCGCGGCAAUAAUUUCUUAUAUAAAAAAAAUAAUGUAAAAGUGAACAAACAAUUCCAAAGAAAAAAGGAAAAAUAAAAAAAAACAAUUUAAAACUAAUAAUUGAACUGCUGAAUUCGUUUGCUGCGCAAAGAGGCAGACAAUAAAGGAAUGUAAAUCUAGAGGAAGGAGAAAAAGAAUUGUUGUUCUUUCAUUGAUAAGACGAAUUGCAUUUUGCGAAUAUUUCCGGAAAAAGACACCAACCAAUAAAUAAAAGUUUCAAAAAGUUAACCUACAACAAACAAUCCAUAUUUGCACAAACGAAGAAAAUAACCUAGAAAAUAAAGACUGAUAUCAAAGAAAAUAAAACGAAUACACGACCACAUAAACAAAUAAACAUAUAUAUAGAUAUAUAUAUAUAUAUAUAUAUAUAUAUAUAUAGAUAUAUGCGUAAUUGUAGGAAAUCAAAGCCACCGGUAUAAAGAAACAACCCAACAAGAAAUAAACGAGAGAAACCCGAUAAAGACCAGCAAAACCAACCGCAAAGAUGUCAUCACGUUCAAAGGAGCGAGUUGUCACUGCAUUCCGCAAAAUCUUCCACAAAUCUAGCAACAACAACAACAACCAUAAUCACAAUAAUAAUAACAAUAAUAAUAUUAAUAUUAAUAAUGAUAAGAGCAGCAGCAACAGCGAUAAGGUAGAUGGAGCUACCGGCAGCAAUAACAACAACAAUAAUACCAAUGAGGCAGCUGCCACAAGUGGAUCAAGUGGAGGUGCCACCAAUAUGGCCGCAGGAGCAGGAGCUGUGGGUGGUGGUGGUGCCAACUCAAAGAACGCUACAGUCCGCAUGGCUCCAGAUCAAGCAGUUUGCGAUUCACCCGGCAAGCGACGACGCCAAGAUCACAAAGUGUCACCCGCUUCGGGUCUUCAAUUGAUGACGGCACCAGAUCAAACCAUACGAUCCCGACGCUUAAUGAAAGAAUACCGUGAAAUGGAACGAUUGCAAAAUAAACGAGAUUCAGUUUUCACAGUGGAGCUAGUCAAAGACAGUCUCUUUGAAUGGCAUGUCCGACUACACGUUAUCGAUCCAGAUUCACCGCUGGCCCACGACAUGAUUGAACUCAAUGUUCCAGCCAUACUCUUACAUUUGAGUUUUCCCAACAAUUUUCCAUUCUCACCGCCCUUUAUGCGUGUCGUGGAGCCGCUCAUCGAAAAGGGCUAUGUCAUGGAGGGCGGUGCCAUAUGCAUGGAAUUGCUAACGCCACGCGGCUGGGCCAGUGCCUACACCGUGGAAGCGGUAAUCAUGCAAUUCUCAGCGAGUGUUGUCAAGGGUCAAGGACGCAUAGCACGGAAACCUAAAAGUACAAAGGAGUUUAGCCGACGCCAAGCGGAGGAGUCAUUCCGCUCGCUGGUAAAGACGCACGAGAAAUAUGGUUGGGUCACUCCAGCAUUGUCUGAUGGUUAAGUGAGACAGAGAGAUAGACGGAAGCUCUCCCCUCGUGAACUCCCCCUCCUUCUACGUUUGCCAACAUUUACAAAGAUCGCUCAUUAACUAAACUAAACCAUAAGAGAAACGUAUAAUAUACAUAUAGACAAUUAAAACGCUUCGAUUUCACCCUGCGAAAAUAAUUCCUCAAUAUAUAUAGUUAUAGAGACGGAACUAAACGAUUUCAAUUGCAAAACCAUCCAAAAAAUGAAACGAAUCGGACAAAGAAAAUUUAAAUCAAUGAUCAAAGUAGUCGAAGAAAUUUGAAAAGAAGAAAUAUAACAAAAACAACAAAAAAUAUGUAAUUUUUGGUCGUAGUUUUCAUUCACUCAAUGAAAUAAUAUUUUAAGUCCCAAGUAUUAUUGACUUCGCAUAAACAAAAUGAAGUCAAAUUUCCAUUUACUCGUUUGCGUAGAGUUAACAUAAACAGCAACAAUUUAAGUUACAUUUACUACGAACUUAAAAAAGAAAAACAAACUGUUAUUUUAAGUUCAAUUUGUGAUUUUCUGUUACACAAGACAUAAGCAAAGAAAAACCAAAAAAACCAAAACGAACUAUUACAACUCGGCUUGUAAAAGAUAAAAACUGAAUAUUAAA